AUGAUUCCUCUGGGAAAGGGGUUUUUCACAAUCAAAUUGGAAAAUAUGAUGGAUAAGAAUACAAUCAAAUUUGGUCAAUGGGAAGUAUCAAAUCAAAUUUUGAGGGUUAGAAAUUGGAUGCCUAAUUUCAAACCAGAAUAUCAAAGAACAUCAUCAACAAUGGUGUGGGUUCAUUAUCCUGGUUUCAGUCUAGAAUACUGGGAUGAGAAGACUUUAUUCAAUAUCAGUAGUGUUCUUGGUACUCCAGUAAAAGUUGAUGAAGUCACAUUAAACUAUGAAAAUGGUCUUUAUGCAAGAGUUUUGGUGCAAAUUGAUUUAGCAAAGAAAAUUCCUAGCAAGAUAUGGAUUAAAACCAAGUAUGGAGGCUUUAUGCAAAAUGUUCUUCUUACAAAGUUACCCAAAUUUUGUCCUAAUUGUAAGAUUGUUGGGCAUACUCAACCAGAAUGCAGAGCAAAGAAUAACACAUCUCAGGAUACAGUAGGAGUACAACAAGCAGGAAGUAAGAAAAAUCCUCAGAAUAUGGAAAAAUUUGAUAUAGCUCCACCUCAAAUCAAAGAAACAGUUAAUAGUUCAACAAAUGAGGCCAAUUCUCCAAUUCAGGAUAUGGAGAAUAUAGCUCCACCUCAAAUCAAGAAGCAGUUAACAGUUCAAUAA